AUGAGCGCGCGGUUCCAACCGCGCGCAAGUAUCGUGUACGUUGGCUCGGGUUUCCACCCGAGCAGGAUACACUUGGUCGACGACCUGUGUGUUCUCGCGGUGAGCGAGAACGAGAUGCACGACGACGGUGUCGUGGUGAAGUGUCACCACGACUACGAGACCGAGAGCGAUUGCGAGAACGUCAUGGUGACGUUUCACCACGACGACGAGAUGAAGAGCGACGACGAGACCGUCGCGACGAGCGUGUAUCGCGACGAUCACGCGAACUAG